AUGCCGUCGCUUGUGGCAUUCGGUCGAAAAUGGAACAUUGGCAGUGAUGAUUUCGUAUUCCCCGAAAUAACAGAAGCUUUCGUCCGGAUAUCAUGGGUUGUAUUUGGCGUAUGCGUUUUCGUUUUCCAUUUCCCUCUGUCAUGUUCUUCUCAAAACUUCAACCUCCACCUACUCGUCUUAUUAAUUAUAAAUAUUGUAACUAUAUUAUUAGCUCUUCUAACCUCUGUAUUAUCUGCGCGAGGUCGAAUUAUGGACCCGAACGCAAGAAAAGCUGUGCCAUUUCUUCUUCAUUUAAGACUUCCAAUCUUCAUAACCGAAAUCGUGUGGACAGUCGUCGCUACGGUGCAUGCCGGAAGAUCGACAAUGGGAGAUGCUGGUUGUCAUUUUUCAACAUUAGUUUGGAUAACAAUUGCACUUGAAUGGGCUCUUAUUCUAGUCGGAGUUAUUGGAAUUAUAUUUGUCUUCAAUUUGACUGAUGAAGAAAUUGAGGACAAUCAGCGAGUUUCAUCAAGUUCCUGGUCUCGGCGGUUGCGCAUUUUUAAAAUUGGUCAAGACAACCUUAUGAGAGAGGCGAUCGAUGAAUUGGCCUUGUUGUUAUCAUCAUUUUUUGUUGAUUAUGAUCUAGUUCUCAGCGACGCAGUGGCUGGACUACUUCUCGUUUAUCAUUCACCAAAUAAUCAGUAUUCUCCAAUUAUAGAAGUUGUUCCAGAAAACAAACCGGCAUGGAUGACAUUGAAAGAAGCCGAAUAUUAUUUUCAUCAUGCUACAUGCGUAUACGGAUGGCCGACAUACCUCCUCUACAACUUCAAUAUUCACUCAAUCUUUCGUCUCAGCAGACGCCUUCAAUUCUGCGGUGAAUGGAGAUGCGCACAGGGAAAAUCUAUGAUCAUUGAAGACAACUGUUGUUACUGCAACACGGCAGCGGUAAUUUUAGCGAAUGAACGGAGAAAUGUCGACCUUGUCCUUAUGUCCUACCGCAAUCGGUUGUACGAAGUGCCGUUUACAGUAAUAGCUGAUCAUGAGCGUCGAGCAGUAGUCAUUUCGAUUCGAGGUUCAUGUUCGCUUAUUGAUCUCGUCACUGACUUGUGUCUUGAAGAUGAGGCCAUGUCUGUAGAUGUUGAUCAAGACGCAACCCUACAAAUGGAUGACUCUUUAGAUCGAAGAGGUGAUGUUCGAGUUCAUCGUGGGAUGUUAAGGAGCGCACGAUAUAUUUUUGAAAUACUUGAAAAGCACAAGGUACUUGAAGAUGUUUUUGUGGUGAAUCCUGGAUAUCAAUUAGUUGUUACUGGUCAUUCACUCGGUGCUGGUGUCGGUUCUCUUCUCACAUGGCUUCUGAAGCAAGAAUAUCCUGAUAUCAAAUGUUUUGCUUUUUCGCCUCCGGGAUGUGUUAUUAGCGAAUACGGGCAAGAUGAAAUGGAAAAAUACGUGAUGAGCGUAGUCUCUGGCGACGAUAUAAUAUCAAGAAUGUCAUAUCAAUCGCUCAAAAAACUGUUCGAUAAAGUGUUUGCGGAGCUCGUGGCGUGCCAGAGAGAGAAAUAUAAAAUUCUGAUACGAGGCGUCUACCAGCUUUUCUUUAAAUAUCCAUGGGAAGACGAAGGACUUGGUGGUCACACCGGAUUGAAUGCGGGAAGCGAUCCAGAAGCAGCGAUAUUGUUCAGAAGGCAAAAUUACGGGUGUAUAGAUGACCCAAGCCUUCCGCGGCGAAUGCAAUUAUACGCCCCUGGACGAAUCGUAUAUCUUUCUGAAAACGAGGGAGUCACAAAGCAUCAGUGGAUUGAUCCCAAGUGCCUCAACGAUAUCAAACUAUCAGUAUCGGUGUUCUCGGAUCAUAUGAUCGCCAGUGUUCAGCGAUUUUUGAAGAAUGCUAUCGACGCAAGUUGUGCAUCGGAAGCGGAUAUUCCAAAAGUCGAAAGAGAAAAUGCUGCGAGAAUAGCUGAAUCGAAAAUCGGUUGUCCUUAUAAUGACUUGUUCUCACCGGAUUUAAGAAAUUCCGAUAACGUUGAAUCGUAUUACUGCAGUCAGAUUAUCACCGAAGCAUUUAAAUCAUCAAAUAUCCCUUGGCCCUCGCAUUCGCUCAAUUUCAACGACUCUCAUGGAAAUUUAAUUGAAUAUUGGAGGGAGUAUUUUGAAAAAAGAGGUCGAAAAGUUCCUCAAGGAGUCGAGGGUUCACAUCCAGCACAGCUUCGAAAGUGCCGACUACUGACGAUUGUUAUGAGGAUACUCCCAGGAACAAUUAAUUUAAAAUCCCUCAAGGAUAGUAGAAUAAUUGAGGCGAGUAAUUGGGUCGGUGGACAAGUAGUGCAACUAUCAUCAGGAAAAUCAUUUGAUCUGAUUGAACCGAGAAGCGGAAAAACACUUUCGAAAUGGGAAUUUGCCAAUUGUAGUCAGGUUGAUUCUGUUGUAAAGCUUGCGAAAAAAGCGCAGUUAUCCUGGGCAUCAUCCACGUGGAUGGAGCGAAGCAAUGUGCUCCGACGAGCCGCUCAACUCCUUCAAAUUCAUUGCGAUGAAAUUGCGUAUUGGGAAUCAGUGGAUAAUGGCAAACCGAUAUACGAGGCAAAAGCCGACGUGCUCUCAUGCGUUGACACCUUCACAUUUUAUUCUGGAGUCGCGCAAAACCUUCUUGGCAAACACGUUCCGUUGGACUCGGCAAGAUACGCGUAUACCAAAAGGGUACCGGUUGGAGUUGUUGCUUCCAUCGGCGCAUGGAACUAUCCAAUUCAAACUUGCUCCUGGAAAACGGCCCCAGCUCUCGCCUGCGGAAAUGCCGUCAUUUACAAGCCAAGUCCAUUGAGUCCAGUGUCGCCAGUUAUAUUAGGGGCUGUUUUAAAAGAAGCAGGGCUUCCAGAUGGAGUCUACAAUGUUAUUCAGGGCGACGCAGAAACUGCUCAAACGCUACUUGAACAUGAGCUUGUUUCAAAGGUGUCGUUCACUGGAAGUAUUCCAACGGGAAAGAAAAUUAUGAAAGCUUGCGCAGAGAGGAAUAUCAAGCCAGUAACAUUGGAACUUGGCGGCAAAUCGUCUAUAAUUAUUUUCGAUGAUUCCGACAUUGACACUGCGGUUUCGUGCGCAAUGAUGGCUAAUUUCUACAGUCAAGGCCAAGUUUGCUCCAAUGCCAGUAAGGUGCUUGUUCAAAAAAAAAUUCUCGAUGAAUUCACAAGAAAGUUGGUGGAGAAAACAAAAAAAAUGAAAGUUGGCGAUCCGCUUGAAGAAUCCACAAAAGUCGGAGCACAUAUUUCUGCAGAGCAUCGGAACAAAGUCGAAGCUUAUAUAGCAGAAGCGAUUGGGGAAGGAGCAGUGAAACUUUGCGGUGGCGAGCGAAUUUCUGUAACUGGUUUGGAGAAUGGUUUCUAUCUUUCGCCAUGUAUUCUUUCCAAUAUAACUAGAAAUAUGAGGGUUUACAAUGAAGAAAUAUUCGGAAGUGUUCUCUUAAUUAUUCCUUUCGACACAGAGGAAGAAGCUAUUGAAUUGGCCAAUGAUACAAAGAUGGGGCUGGCUGCGGGAAUUGUUACUCGGAGUUUGGCGAAAACCGCACGGGUUGUAGACAGAUUGAACGCCGGAAAUGUUUAUGUCAACACUUACAAUGAUGUUUCGCCAUUUGUGCCGUUUGGAGGAAUGGGCGAGUCUGGUUUCGGACGUGAAAAUGGCACCUCUGUCCUCGAGCAUUACACGCAAAUUAAGUCAGUGUUUGUGAACACUGAAAAUUGUGAUAAUCCCUUCUAA